GCCGAGCGCCGCCUAGAGCGCAGACGCCUCGAGUUGAAGAUACGCAAACUCAAAGAGGAGCAAGAGGCGCAGGAGCAAGCUCGGCAGAAGGGAAAGGAAGUGCAGCGGCAGCUAGAAGAGCAGGAGGCAAGCGAGCGCUGUGCUGCUCGAAGAGGCGAGCCCAGUGAGACAGGAAAGGAGGAAGCUCAGAAGGAACUUCGGCGCCAGCGCCGUGCACAGCGCGAUGCCGAGGAGGAUGCCAAGCUCCGCGAGGCGCGGCGGCGCCGCCGCGCCGAGGAGGAGGCAGCCAAGAAGGAGCAUGAGGCGGCCCAGCGAGCGGCUGAGGAGGACAAAAGGCGGAAGGAGAAAGAACGCAAAGAGCGUGAGAAGCGCGAGCGCAAGGAGAGGGAAAAGGCCGAGGCAGCAGCACAGGCUCAGCGACGGCAAGAGGAAGAGGCGAAGCGCGCAGCUGAUGAGAGAAGGCGCCAGGAAGAAGCUGCACGUCGAACC